AUGCAAAGCACCACAGGCGCAGCCACGGGCAGCCUGAAGCGGUCCGAGGUCUUUCAUCCUGCACACGAACCACUGCGACAUGACCCAGCGCUCAACCUACAGCAAGAUCGCAUCUCCGGUCCACUCCCCUUCCUCAACCCCACGAAAGCACAGUUUCGAUAUGAAUCGCGACCGGACGUACGAUUCAAAUGGUCGUCACGAAACAAUCGUAAGGGACGACAUGCCAUAGUCGUGGGCCAGGAUCAGGCCAACGCCAGUUCGAAUCAGCUCACGACACCACACGUGACCUCAUCGCUUAACGACAUCUUACGCGGUGUCUGGCGUAUGCUUACGUAUUACCCAAUAUGGGAUAUAUCCUUCGAUGUUGCAUAUGUCUUCACGAUUGGCAGUGUGAUAUGGGUCAUCAACGCGUUUUUCGUAUGGCUGCCACUCGUGCAACCUGACUCGGAAUUUCGAAACGAAGAGUUGUAUGGCGGAGGCAUAACUGCGUUUGUUGGAGCGACAGUAUUUGAGUUUGGUUCGUUGCUGCUCAUGGCUGAAGCUGUGAAUGAGAACAAGUCGGGAUGCUUUGGAUGGGCGCUUGAGCAAGCCCUGUCGCAUAAGGGUGGUGAUGACGAAACCGGAGAUAGGAAACUCGAGCCCUCAAAGUUGCAGUGCACGCACCACCAUUUAAACAAACGUAACCUCGUCGGGAAAGGCAUUCGUCAUGUGUCGAAGGAAGAAUCAGCCUCGGAAGCUCGCUCAUGGGUAUGGUGGCCCUCGACAACAAAUUUAAAGACGCAUUACGUCUACGACCUUGGCUUCCUCGCCUCUUUCUUCCAACUUUGCGGUGCUACGGUCUUUUGGAUAUCAGGUCUCACAGCCCUCCCGGGAAUUUACAACAGAAUGUCCCGCCCCAUCACCAUCAUCUUCUACUGGACACCGCAGGUUAUCGGCGGCCUAGGCUUCAUCAUCUCUGGCACACUCUUCAUGCUGGAAACGCAGUCUAAGUGGUGGAAGCCGGCGCCUCGGACGCUGGGCUGGUGGAUUGGAGUGUGGAAUCUGAUCGGUGGUAUUGGGUUCACAAUCUGUCCGGCAUUCGGAUAUGAUACAAGUAGUUGGAGUCAGUACCAGGCUUGUCUCUCUACAUUUUGGGGGAGUUGGGCGUUUCUUAUUGGAAGUGUAGUGCAGUGGUAUGAGUGCCUGGAGAAGUUCCCUGUGGAGGUGGGGAGCACUGACAAAGACUCAGCGAUAGCUGAGGAUGGAACGUGA